AUGAUUUUGGAGAUUGUCCCCCUGUACAGUCACAGGUUUUACAGCACACUGCUGAUAAUUAAAGACCUGGAUUCUUCCAACAAGGGCUGCAAGUUGAGUAAGCUUUUGCAGGAUGGCGAUAAGGAAGAAAAUAUCAGUGUAGAGCCCAACGGGGAGGGAAUUGAAGAGGACGCUGAACAACAACCCAGGGAAGAGUCCCCUGACCCCAACGGCGAUAAUAGAACGAGCAAGGAUCAGGGGGACCCUCUUGUGAGGAAGACCUAUAAUUAUGACUACCUAAACAACAAGGAAGAUUUUUACGCUAAGGAGAAAGAUAAAAAUAUUUAUGUCCUUAUUAAUUGUGGGUGGGACGAUCAGUUCCGCACGGAAGACGUGAAGAAUGUGUUGCGGGUGUGCGAAUAUGUGGACGUCCUGCUAAUCACGAACCACGGCCUCAGCUUCGUGGGGUGCGCACCGCUGGUUUUCCAGGAACUACAGAAAAGGAAGAAGAAAAUCCCAAUCAUAUGCCACGAAUACGUCAAGGCGUACAGCAAAUACGUCCUCCUGAGUUACUUCAAAUGUACGAACAGUAGCAAUUUUUUUAAAUCUUUUAAAGAUGACGAAUAUUUCAAAAUCGUGAAUGAGCUCUUCUACAAUGUGACUUCGUUGGAGUUCAGAGAACACUACACCUUUAAGAAAAUUAUCUGUCAAAAAAAAAACACAGUUUGUAUGCUUCCCAUACAUUUUGUAAAUAAUGGAGACAACAUAGGAUCGUCUGCGGUGAUUAUAAAAUUUUUUAACUCCAAAAUAUUGUACUCUGUGAAUACCCACAUGUCUGAUUAUUCCUUCAUCGAAAAAUCGGACGUGCUGCAACAGUCCAAUGUCUUCACGUACAUUGGCAAUUUUCGCUACACAAAUAAGAAUUACGCCAAGAUGGUGGAUAUGAAGAGCAUCUUGGGCAUCGUCAACAGAACAAUGAACAACCUCGGAUGUGUACUGCUCCCCGUGGACAUCGACAGCGUUUUCCUGGAUCUCCUAUUCCACAUCAACGCCCUCCUGGAGGUCAGCAUGCAGAGAUACGCCCUUUUGUUCCUCUGUCCCUAUUCGGAAAACUUCACCAGGCUGCUGUUCGCUUCGCUGACCUACCUGAACAGCCACAUAAAAAACAAUUUUCACAAAAACAGAGUAAAUAUUUUCAAAAUGAAGAACCUAGUGUGUAUAAACAAUUACAGCGAUUUUAAAAAGUACGAAAAUGGGUAUUACAUUUUGUUCUCCUUCCCGGCCUCUCUGAACAACGACACGGUGAAGAAAAUCCUGGCAACGUUUCUCACCAGGAAGAAAAACGCAUUAAUAUUUACCAAGAGGUACCAUCCUCCCAGCUUUUCGCACAAAGUGUGUAGCCAUUAUUUUACCCAUAGAAAUCAGAGGAACAAACCAGAGCUAUCUUUCUGCUUCAGCCAACAGGUAAAAAUCGAUGACGAGAAGUUAUAUGAAAUUUAUUUAAAAGAAAAAAGUAACAUCGAGAAGGACAGUGUGCUGAGCAAAGUAGGUGAAAUGCUGUACAUAAAAAGGGAGGGUCAUUUAAUUGGGAAGACGGACAGAGAGGGGGUGGGCAGGAUGAUGCGGGAUGGUACUACUGGUGGAGAACUUAUAAAAAAGGAGAAGUACAAACGGGAGAGAAGUCCUGGUGCCCACGCGGAGGAAGGCAACGAGGGUGAAGUGGUGGAUGACGAGGGGGAUGAAGAGGUGGAUGGCGAGGGGGAUGACUAUGACGAGAAUGACAUAGAUGACAAUGACGAUGACGAUUACGACUAUGAUGACGACGAUUACGACUAUGACGAUGAUGAGGACGAUGACGAGGACGGUGACGAGGACCACCGCCCACACGAUCCGCAGAACUACAACGCGUAUUACCACUCAGACGAAGAGGAAGAACAAGAAGGAGCGGGCGAGGAUCCUAAAUCCCCCGACGAGCUGUACACUCAUAGCGACAGCAAUGCCAGUUAUGGUGCCACCGAGAAGUACAGAAGUGGGGAGCCAAGCGCCAACCACCACAGGGACAAACAUGAUGGUACUUACCGUAGCGACAUCGAUGAGGACUACUCACAGGACGGAAUGGAACCCUCAACAGGAAAAACACGAAAAGGAAGAGUCACCAUAAAAGAGGAAAAAAUAAACAACAAGGAAAAUGCUAAAUUUUUUAAUCACCUUCUAAAGAAUGAACAGUCGGAUGAUCCAAACAACACGUACUAUCCUCAUCUGCACAAAAUUGGCAAUGUUAACAAGGACACACACAAAAAAAAAGUAAGAAUAAAAGAAGAACCUGAACCCAGUGAUGAUGAAAUAUAUGGACAUGAGAGUUAUACCAUCAAACAUCCUCUUUCGAAACACAGAGACCAGAAGGGCAUCGUGACAGCAUUUGUAAAAAAUGAGCAGGUGUUUACAAGUGAACAGGAGGAUGAUCUACAGCAGAAUAACGAGGAGAACAGUGACACAAACGAUGAGCGAAAGGGAACCUACCAAACGGUACACAUAUCAGAUUACUACGAAGUAAAUAAAAAAAAACUGCGUGCAGAAAGAAGGGUUAGAAAAGGGAAGAACAUGUUAGAUAGGACUUACAAAGAAAAUAGGCAUUCGUUGGAAACGCCCAAAAUGACAUGGAAAAAAAAAUUAAUCAAGUAUUUAAAAAUCAUUCCAACUACUGUCCAAGAAGUAGACGUCUCCAUUCAGGUAGAUUGCUCCGUAAGAGCUUUUAACAUAGAAAAUUAUAUUAACCAAAAUGCCCUUAACAGUAUAAUACAUUUAAUGAAACCCCAACACUUUGUCCUCCUUCCAAGUUGCAAUAGUUUCCUUUCUUUCCAUUUCGAAAUGCUAGUGCACGCAUCAAUACAGUCCCUGGAUGAAAUAAAAUUGCACAGUUUUUACAUCCCCAAUUUUUCAAGCAGUGCAAAUAAGAGGAGUAUUUAUUUGAAUCGCUACUUUUGCUCCAGGGGAAAGACUCUCGAUUCGGUUAGUAUUCCUUUAAGUGUUCAUUACGAGAAUGUUCGUAUAAAAAGUAUUUACACGAUGAUUAACACGACCAAGGUUGCUGAUGGGCAGUUGAACGUUUUUAAAAUUAAGGCCUCCGUGAGUUCCGCACGGGGAGAACCCAGUUCGCAGCUAUGCGCCAGGAGGCGAAAACGGUUCGUCAACGAGCACAGCACUUUCUGGAGCGAAUUCAGCGAGGCGAACUACUCCCUUGCCAUAGACAACCAAAAUGGAGAGACGCAGGAAGGGGAAAAACAUACAAAGACAAAGGAAGAAAAGGAAAAUCAAGAAAGUCAAAAACAGGGAGAACAAAAUGCCCCAAAUGAAAUAAGCCAAAGUGGAGGUAAGGAAAAGUCGAAUGAAAAGAAACCCUUUUUGGAUUACUACAUGGAUGACGAGGUAGCCAGCGGAGGAGCAACCCAAGGGGAAGAAGAUCAGCAUCAUGCAGGUGAAUCAUCGGACGACUCUGACGCUUCGUCCGAAAUCAGGGACAUACUCUCGAAUGAAGACACCACAAAUGAAGAACACCCCCCCAGUGGUACUAUCUACAUCGGUGAAGUAACGAUGAAAAAUUUAUCCCUAGCUAUAAGUAGCACAUUUCAAAGAUGCUUAAAUUUUACUCAAGAAAAUCAAAUCAUAAUUGACGGGAAGACAUGUGUUAAGAAGGAAGAACGGGACAUAGCUACGCGAGGACCGACGGGUCACAGAAAAGUCGAGAGAACAAAAAGGAACAUUAUUUGGAAAGUCCAGAGCUCCCUGGACCCCUCAUUCUACUUUCUGCGAAACGUUUUGAAGGACAUGUACAAUCAUGUUUCUAUAUGA